AUAUUUUCUCUUCGUAGUUUUACUAGCAGAGUUCUGGUUGCAGAGAUUUAAAGCAAAUACUUAACUCCCCACUUCCGCUGUACGUUAAGAUUUAUGCGUCGGAUUAUUCUGGGCUCUUAGGACUGCGUAAGUUAUACUCCGGGUAUAAUGAGCUAUUAAAGCGGCGGAGUUGGCACGCCGCGCCGGCAACACCGCUAAGGGCACGUGCUACUCACACCCGAUGACAUCCACCUAGUAAUUUGUUGUCAUAGCCUGCCUGCAUCGCAUUGUUUUCUAAUUGAUGUGCAACAAAAAACGUCCACCGAGAUUGCUUUUUAUUUAGAUCGUUAGUCAUCGACGAAACAAUAGUCUGCAUUGUUUCCUAAAAGAGUUAUGUUACGAAUCAGAAUAUAAAAAAGGCUCGCGAUACUAACGUGUUUCCUAAAUCCUGAAUUAUUUAUUAUGUUUAACACAAGAAAGAACCUAGUGUAGGCUUUCUUAGGUUUUUAUUCAGCACUCACAUGUUUAAUUAUUUAUUUCUUCAUAAAUCAAUUCAAGUUGUUUACGCCGUAGUAUCACACAACAUCAAGAGUGAAGACCAGGUGGUCCGCGUGCCAUCUGCGUGCAGGUACAAUGUUCGUCAAUACGAACUCAAUUUUUGGCGAGUCCUUCCAAUAACACGCCCAAGUGAUGUGACAGUUUUAUAGACGUUCAACACAUGUCACAUGUGAACGGUGACAUGCACUUACGUCGGACCUACGUUUGUUUUGCGCACUGCACGGUGCCCUCACUAUGCACGUCGCAAUCGCACCUAUUAAUUAGGGCUGCGAUGCUGCAAUCGCUCGGGCCCUGAUUUAUCCUUGCGCAAGCGGCCACGCGAACAUCACCCACUUCGCACGCGUCAUGUGACGCGAGCGCAUCGUCGGCACCGCUUGCAUGUAUGUUUACAAGCCAAGCGAAGUUUACAAUCAUCAAUAACCUGUAGGUUAUGAAUCGAAAGGAAAAGCCGGCGUCAGGUGCGCGCGGGGUGCGGCCCGAGCCAGUCGGGUGGUGGGUCGCGGUGCCGGGUGCAAGAGCAGCGAGUGGGCGCGGGUCGACGACCGCUGCACGGAGCCCUGCCAGCGAAAACGGCAGAAAACCUCACGAAGGGCGGCAGCACACGGUGUCCGCAUUUAGCUCGGGCUGACGUCGCUGAGUCACCGCUCCGCGAAUAGCGGCGGUUUGUUUGUUGCACCGCCCGCUCCCGGCUCUCCCGCCGAUUAUUUCGAGCGGGCGCGGCGUGCACAGUGCUGCGCGCACAGCCCCGGCGAGCGCACGCCAUGCCCCCGCUGCCCGCGCCGCCCGCGCGCCUGCGCCGCGACGCCGCCAUCGUCACCACCAUCAGGGACACAGUCAGCUGUAGUUGGAUAUUUUACAGUAACAGCAACGCGUCAACGGGGGGCGAAGGCGCCGCACCGCCAGCGGAGCCCGACCCGGCGCUAGACUCUAUGCACAUGAUGUUGGACCCACACCUCAGGCCUAUCUCGCCGGACCUCAACAAUGAGGAGUCCAAGAGGAUAUUUGAGGAGCACAAGCAACUUGCGCAGGAGUACCUCAAGAUACAGACUGAGUUUGCUUACCUCAGUAAUCACAAAGCAGAAUUGGAAGAGAAAAUGGACGAUGACGAGUUACGGCAGAAGAGAGAGAUUAUAAAUUUAGAGAAAGAAAAGGACUCACUGAUCAAGCUAUACUGCAGCCUUAAGAAGCAACUAACGCGAGCGGAAAACGACAGCUGGUUACAUCCAGAGGAGAUGCCUCACGAGUGACGUCACUCAGCAGCCUCGUGUACUGUGACGUCACGCGGCCGCCGCCGCCUCACGACGCCGCAGUGCUCGCAUUGAUCUCAACAUACCAAAUGAGCCUUCAACUCUACGUUCUCCUUAUACAGGUUUAGUUUGUAAUGCAUGUUAUGUUGAUAUUGUUGGCGCUUGUACACAGUCACUCACAUAUGAACAGCCUGUUGCCAUGGAGACGAGACCAAGAAAGAUUUUACUGUUUAGAAAUGCUGCGGACGCCGAAUUUAUACUCUAGUAACAGAACUGUUACGAAAAUGCGACUCGUAAUUUAAUAUUUAUUUUCACUAAAUUACACGUCAACUGUAUGUCUUCUCGCUGUCAAGAUGUUAUUCAUAAAUAGCGAGUGACGACCUCGUAUAGUAACAAUACAAACCGGAUUCAUAUCCCUGUGUACAAACGCACUGUCAUCCUAAGAAUAAAGUUUUGUAGCCUUGAGAUUUUACUUAGUUUCGUUAUUUCACAUGUACACAUACAGCAUUCGUUUAUCCACCGUCAACAAAUACGGUGUUACCAUGAAUUGGUGUCUAACGUAGUAUUAUAAUCUGUUGUAUCGCAUAUUUGUGACCUUAGAACUACGAACUACUAGAAUUGCAGAAUUUAAUGCGUUUCGUCCUUGCAGAUUAAUUCCAACGAGUCGUAAAUGUCAUUUUAAGUCAGAUUGUAACGUUGAUUUUCGUCGGCUUAAGUUAUUAGGAAGUUGGGCCUCAGCCCAUUUAAAUAUAUUGUUACAAUCUACUCACCAUUUAUUUAAAUAAGGUGGUAACAACCACAAAAAUCUUGAGAUUUGUAGCACUUUUCUCAUCUCUAAGAGCCUAUCAACAAAUUUUGAUCUGGUUCAAGAAAAGCAAAAGUGAUAGCAACAGAUACACUGCCUAAAGUUAGACGCUGCUUCGUGGGACCACCGUUGAUGUCUAUAUGUCGUUGUAAAAGCACGUUUUAGUGCUUUAUUAUAUGUGCGUGUUCCAUAAAACGUUGAAGUACUUUGUCAUACUUUUAUACGGAAUAAUAGAAAUGUAUUUUGUUUAUUAUUUUGUCUCAUUUGAUCAUUUAUUAUACAGUGUGGUAUGCAUUUGUUUUGAUUGUAUAUAAUGUAAGAUAGUAUUAGCAGUAUUAGAUAAGUUAAAUUAUGUUAAGUUUAGUAAAAAUUGUAAAAAACAA